AAAAGAGUUGACCGAAACGUUGUCAAUUUGUUCUAGCGCCAUGGAUCUUGUUCUCCACCUCGCAGAUGACUAUCUCCUCGACAAAGUAUGGGCGCGGCUGCUACCUGUCAACGAUCACCUAGUUCAACCGUCAUAUGCCUCCCUUUCCACUUCUGCAAAUUUCACGUCAAUCAUGCAUCUUCAGCAGUCUGCCUGGCCUCGUGAUUACAUCCCUAGACAAAUUAUUUCUCUCAGUGUAAUCACCCUCUUGGGCAUUCACUUCCUCUAUUUCCUGUUCGCGUGGCUCUCAUACAAAUUCAUUUUCAAUCAUGAGAUGACGCGCCAUCCACGCUUCCUAGAGAACCAGGUCAAACAAGAGAUACAAUGCAGUCUACGAGCCUUUCCCGCAAUGACCCUUCUCACUCUGCCUUGGUUCCAAGCAGAAGUGAUGGGUUACUCAAAACUUUACGAUAAUGUAGAAGAUUACGGUUGGGCUUACUUUGUCCUAUCAGUACCAUUCUUCUUGCUUUUCACCGACUACGGAGUUUACUGGACCCACCGACUAUUGCAUCACCCGAGUAUAUAUAAAACAUUCCAUAAGUCUCACCAUAAGUGGAUAAUUCCGACCCCCUUUGCGUCACAUGCCUUCCACCCCGUAGACGGCUACCUCCAAUCUCUCCCAUAUUACCUCUUCAUAUUUAUAUUCCCUCUUCACCGAUGGUUAUACCUCGGUCUCUACGUUUUGGUCAAUUUCUGGACUAUUCUCAUUCAUGAUUCCGAUAUGGUCACGGGACAUGCCCUCGAAAAGGUGAUAAAUGGACCCGCCCAUCACACACUGCAUCAUCUUUACUUUACGGUCAACUACGGUCAGUACUUUACGUGGGCAGAUCGUGUCGGUGGUUCGUACCGCCAGCCCGAGUCGUCCCUUGAUCCCAUGCUGGAAAUCAAGAAACAGUCAUAAAUGUUGAAUCGUGGAUGUGGGCAAAAGUAAAAUUCCGGAUACUAUGGUGCAUAACUUUAGAUAAGCUCUCAAAUGUUAAUAUACAGCCACUUGGACUUUCCAGCCAGUCCAUCUGGGUUACAUGAUAGCAGUGCAAGAUGUUAAUAAAAUCCUUUGCCAACUACUGAAAAGGGGGCAUUUUUGAUACUAUAGAAUACAUCUAGAUAGCUGAUCUAAUAAGAAACACAUGUUGAAGGGUG